AACGUCGAAGACCAAAAAACAACCACAGUACUAGGUUAAUCAUGUUCAGCAACUUCUUUAACAAACGUAAACAACAACGCGAUCCUAUUGCCGUCUUAGAAAAGUUAAACAAGACACUUGAACUGCUUGAGAAAAAGGAGGAUGUGCUUCUUAAGAAAGUGAAUGCAGAAAAGGAAAAGGCUAUCGAAUUCAUUAGAAGAAAGAACAAAAGGGCGGCAGCGCAAUGUGUGAAUAGGAAGAAGUUAUAUGAACAACAAAUAGAGCAGCUGGGAAAUUUCCAGUUGCGUAUUCACGACCAGAUGAUAAUGUUGGAAGGUGCUACAGUCACCGCGGAAACAGUAGCAGCAUUAAGAACUGGAGCAGAUGCCAUGAAGAUUGUGCAAAAAGCAACGAAUAUUGAUGAUGUUGACAAGACUAUGGAUGAGAUCAGUCUACAGACUGAUAACAUGAGAAUGAUUCAGGAAGCCGUGUCCUCUCCCAUUGGUGCAGCUUCUUGUUUUGAUGAGGACGAAUUGGAAGCAGAACUUGAAGAACUAGAGGCUGAUGAAUUGGAAGAACAGCUUCUUCAGUCAGGAACUACAGUCCCUGCAGUCUCAGUGCAACCUACUCGCCCUGUAAUGUCCACUUCAGAGGUAGAUGAAUUGACAGCUUUGCAGGCUGAGAUGGCACUUUGA